CGUAAGUCAUAAUCAGAAGCUGAUCCACUGCGAUUUUCGUCUCGAUAGUUCAGCCAAUGUCGCCUCCAGAAAGGAAGAGGAAGAAGACGAAGAAGAAACCGUCGCUGGUGCUCGGUCCUACGCCGGAAUCGACUCCAAAUCCGUCACUUCCUGAUGAUUUGGUAGUGAGUUGCUUAGCCCGCGUCUCUCGAUUGCAAUACCCGACUCUCUCGCUCGUCUCCAAGAGCUUUCGAUCUCUCCUUGCUUCGCCGGAGCUUUACAAGACCCGAUCCUCUUUAGGCCACACCGAGAGCUGUCUCUAUGUAUGCAUACGCUUCCCUAAUGAGACCAACCCUCGCUGGUUCACUCUCUGCCAGAAGCCUGAUCAUCCCUUCGCCAAGAAGAAGAAGAAGAAGUCAAGUGGGUAUGCUUUGGCUACAAUCCCAAUUCCACAUUCUCCUCCUGCGCAUUGGUCAGGUCUCGUGACGGUUGGUUCUAACAUCUACAACAUUGGGGGAUCCAUUUACAAAACCCCCUUGUCUACCGUCUCGGUCCUGGACUGUCAGUCUCACACGUGGCGCGAGGCUCCAAGCAUGCUGAUUGAGCGGUACUAUCCCGCCGCCAAUGUCGUUGAUGGAAAGAUAUAUGUCACAGGAGGAUGCGAAGAGUGCGAUAACUCCAGCUGGAUGGAGGUUUUCGAUCCAAAGACGCAAACUUGGGAGCUUGUGCCGAGCCAUGGCCCGGAGAUAUGCGGCUGUAAGAUAUAUAAAAGCGCAGUGAUUGAUGGGAAACUACACAUGUUCGGAACACAAAACGGUUUGGCUUACAAACCGAGGGAAGGUCGGUGGGAAAGGGAGGGGUGGGAGAUGGAUUUGGGUUGGCCGUGGUUUUCUUAUUCCGUGAUUGACAACGUGCUGUUCUAUUACUCUGACGGGUUCAAAUGGUAUGACACUGAGGCAAGGGUAUGGAGACAGAUGAAGGGUUUGAAAGGACUGCCUAAGUUUGCUCAUUAUGGCUGUGUUAAACUGGCGGAUUAUGGUGGGAAGAUGGCGGUUUUGUGGGAUAAGUAUCUGCCUUCUAGUGGAUAUAAGAAGAAGACGAUUUGGUGUGCCGUGGUUGCACUUGAGAGGCCAAGCAGUGAAGAGAUUUGGGGGAAGGUUGAGUGGCUUGAUGCUGUGCUCACGGUCCCUGAAUAUUAUGAAUUCGUGUGCGCUAUGGUUGCUACCGUUUGAUGUAUUGACAUACAGAGAAGGUUUGAGUGAUGCGGGUAGAACAUUAGUUUGGUUUUCAUCGGCUGUAAAAGUAGGAAAUUAUCUUAUUUUGGUACUGUUUUUGUUGAUUAGAAAGAGUAUGAUCGUUGAGUGAACAUACUUUUUGCUGCUACUGCAUGAUGAUUGACUGGGGAUUAAAUCUCGACUCUUGAGUGAUGCAGGUAGAACAAUUAUCUAGGUUUGCAUUGGGCUAGUGUGUAGGAUCAGUUUAUUCUCUGACUAUUUUUGCUGAAACUAAAGACCCAAGACCUAAAAAAAAA